UUGGUCUGUCUAAGUUCAGUCGGUCAGUCGGUCUGUGUGUAGUUGGUCGGUCUAAGAGGGACAGAGACUUGGAGCUGGCGGCCCGGAUCGGUCAGUCGCUCCUGCAGAGGAAUCACCUCCUGCAGGAGCGCAACGAGGCCCUGGACGAGCAGUUGGCUCAAGCCGUCGACCAGGUUCACCAGCUGCAGCAUGAGCUCAGCAAGAAGGACGAGCUGCUCCGUAUGGUGGCCAACGCCUCGGAGGAAAGCGAGACCGACUCCAGCAUCUCCACGCCUCAGCUACAGCCGCAGCUGCCCGGAGGAAGCGUCACUGCCGCCGCUGCUCUCAGCCAGCUGGAGUCUCUGCAGAACAAGCUGCAGGACCUGGAGGAGGAGAACCAGGCGCUGAGGACCGAGGCUUGUCAGCUGAAAAAAGACACGGUGACGUAUGAGGAGAAGGAGCAGCAGCUCGUGAGCGACUGCGUGAAGGAGCUCCGGGAGUCCAACAGCCAGAUGGUGUCUCUGACGGACGAACUGGCUCAGAAGAACGAGGCGCUGCUCAGACACCAGGAGGAAAUCGCGCAGCUGCUCGCACAGAUAGUCGAGCUGCAGCACAGAGUGAAGGAGCUGGCUCUGGAGAAAGAGGAGCUGAGGAUCCAUCUGCAGGCCUCCAAAGACGCCCAGAGACAGCUCACAGCUGAGCUGAACGAGCUUUCAGACCGGAAUGCUGAGUGUGUAGAAAUGCUUCACGAAUCCCAGGAGGAGAUCAAAGAGCUUCGCAAUAGAAACACUCCGUCCUCUGGGAUGAGACGUCACUUCUCGUAUGGACUCUACCCCAUGGACUCCUUGGCAGCAGAGAUUGAAGGAACCAUGAGGAGGGAGCUGAGCGUUGAGGAGGAGACAGCCUUUCAGGACCAAAGGUGAGAGAUAUGACUGUCAGAAAGAUAGUGAUGAUAGAGGAGCCGCAACAGAACUUUAAACAAAAAGAAAAAAAACAA